GCUUUCCUUGACUGUCAGGGUUAGAUAACGUCUCGGAGUGGAGGGAUGUCCCGUCGUCUCGGUAGAUAAGGGACAACACAGCUCUUCGGACACAGGUUGCUAUGUGUGACCCCAGUGUGUGAGAGGAACAGCGGCUCGCCAGCGGGACACACACACACUCCGUCCUCCCAGGCCUUGUUGCAGUGGGACCGGAUGCAGUUGUUUUGAUAGUACCAGCAGCAGCUCACAGCUCCGGUCGGCCGUCGUCUUGCUGAACCCCCUCUACAUUUUGUUUUAUGACAAUGGGUAUAAAUAAAACGUACAUUAGCAUCGGCUAUGCCUCGUUUGGCAUGCUCAUGGGAUUUUCCGCCUUUCUGGUGUGGAACACCGCGUACAAGCAGCCGUGGACUGCAGCCAUGGGAGGACUGUCAGGUGUGCUGGCACUUUGGGCCCUGAUCACCCACAUCAUGUAUCUCCAGGACUACUGGCGGACCUGGCUGAAGGGCCUCAAGUUCUUCCUCAUCAUCGGGGUCUUCUUCUCCCUGCUGUCUGUAAUAGCCUUCAUCACUUUCCUCUCUGUUGCCAUCACUAACAAGGAGUCCCUGACUGACCCUCAGAGUCUGUACCUGUCCUGCGUGUGGAGCUUCAUGAGCCUCAAGUGGGCGUUCCUGCUGGCCCUCAGCGCCCACCGCUACCGCAAAGAGUUUGCCGACAUCAGUAUCCUCAGUGACUUCUAACGACACUUGGACGUCCCACACUGCCACGGGGCCAGCUCUGCAGCAGACUCACCGUGCUGGCUUCCCAACCUGAGGGACAGUGGUAGUCUGAAUUCGGUGGAUGCCAACAAAAAAGGGGAACAUAAGACGAAGCAGAGGAGAGGUUGUAAUGCUUUGCUUUGUGUGGAUAAGUACCCUGACCUCAGCUGUCCCCCUGCCUUCCCCCCACGCCUCCUCUCUCUUUUUUAAUUGUGUGUACAGGGUUUAUAGUUGGCUUGCCAAGCCACUUUACAGACAAGACCAGCCCUGUUUUUUAUGAUUCUUUAUAGAUUUUAUUCUCUUAUUUAUGUAAUAUUACAAUUUCGCUUCUCCAUCAUCCUGUCAAAUCAUGCAUCACUACUCUCCCCUUACUGUAUGUGAGAAAAUGUGUUUUGCAUCCAGUAAAUGGUAAUUCUAAUCUUGUCAAGAGCCUUUUCUUGACUUAAGGGAAUAGCUACAUUAAAAAGCACUCCUCAAUGGUUAGGAUGUGUUGCAGUUUCAUGUUGUAGCCACAAGAGGGUGUCACUCUAUCAACAUUGUUGUGCGUUUGUGUGUGUGACAUUCCACUUGAUUAAAAAAGGGUGAGAUAUUACAUCAGUUUUUGUAUCAAUGAACUAUGAACAAGCCUUACAAGUACAUUUGACUUGCACAUGUCCUGUGUUACCAGUUGUGGCAGAAUUUUUUCUAUUAUUUUUUUUCUUGUCACAAGUCGUACAUUUGUCAGAUGGUGAAAUCUGUGUGUGUCACAUGGCAUUAAGAUUACGAUGAUCCCAUUGCAGUCAGUUGUUGUUUCAAAGAUGCUGUAAAACACUUCUCUCACAGCGUCUUCGCCACUGUGUGUGUCGGGGCCGUGAAGAGGUAAAGCUGCCCGAUACCCUGCAACAUCCAUGCGACUGCUUUUAUCCACCACUCCCAAUAUAACCCACAUGCCACAGUUUAAUAUAUUUCUCAUGUGAAUGAACAUUUUAUAGAUAAAGAACGAGAAUUUUUGAAUCUUUUUUUUUUUUU